AUGGUAACCGGUUAUCUGGAAAGACCAGUUGAAUUUUCAGAAGCUGAUUAUCCACAAGUUGAAUAUCAAAGAAGAGAUCAAUAUUGGGACCCUAUUCGGCUAGCUCUUUUCACAUUGGCAAUUGUAGCAAUCAUAGGAAUUGCAAUUGGUAUUGUUUCUCAUUUUGUAGUUGAGGAUGAUAAGACAUUUUAUUACCUUGCCUCCUUUCAAGUCACAAAUAUAAAAUACAAAGAAAAUUAUGGAAUAAGAACAUCAAGAGAAUUUACACAAAGGAGUCUUCAGAUUGAGAGGAUGAUGUAUAACAUAUUUCGAAGCUCUUCUGGACCAGCUCGAUUUAUCAAAUCUCAUGUUAUCAAAAUAAGUCCAGAUGAAAAUGGUGUGAACGUUCUUAUGGUGCUCAUGUUUCGAUACCCAUCUACUGGUAGUGCUGAGCAAAUCAAGACAAAAAAUAAAGACCCAAGUCAAUGGACUGCUACUUUUGGUAUAACUAUAACACCACCCGCAGUACAACGAAAUGUGGGGAAAAUCAUCCUUCAUGAAAAUUACCGUAGAGAAACAAAUGAAAAUGACAUUGCUUUGGCUCAGCUCACUACCCGAGUUGAGUUUUCAAAUACAGUCCAGAGAGUUUGCCUCCCAGAUUCAUCUAUAAAGUUGCCACCUAAAACAAGUGUCUUUGUCACAGGAUUUGGGUCCAUUGUAGAUGAUGGCUGUGGAAUAAGGAUGACAUCUUCAAACAUGCCACUACCAGCAUCCUCUUCUACAGAAAGGAUUAUCCAAGGAAGGGAAACAUCUGUGGAAGGGGAGUGGCCAUGGCAGGCCAGCCUCCAGCUCAAAGGGGCUGGCCAUCAGUGCGGAGCCAGCCUUAUCAGUAACACAUGGCUGCUCACAGCAGCUCAUUGCUUCCGCAAUUACAAAAACCCCAGACUCUGGAUGGCUAGUUUUGGAACAACUCUAAGUCCGCCACUAAUGAGAAGACAGGUGCAGUCAAUUAUCAUUCACGAAAACUAUGCUGCCCAUAAGCAUGACGAUGACAUCGCUGUGGUGAAACUCUCCACCCCCGUCCUAUUUUCCGAUGAUGUGCACAGAGUCUGUCUCCCAGAUGCUACUUUUGAAGUUUUGCCUAAGAGCAAAGUGUUUGUCACUGGAUGGGGAGCAUUAAAAGCAAAUGGUCCCUUUCCCAAUACUCUGCGACAAGUUGAAAUAGAGAUCAUAAGUAACAAUAUAUGUAAUCAAGUUAAUGUAUAUGGUGGUGCUGUGUCAUCAGGAAUGAUAUGUGCUGGAUUCUUGUCAGGAAAACUUGAUGCCUGUGAGGGUGAUUCUGGGGGACCGCUGGUUAUAGCACAAGAUAGUAACAUUUGGUAUCUUAUUGGAAUAGUAAGCUGGGGAAUGGACUGUGGAAAAGAAAACAAGCCUGGAAUUUAUACAAAAGUGACUCGUUAUCGGGACUGGAUUAAAUCUAAAACUAACAUCUAAUGCAACAACUAUCUCUACCUCCAAAAUGUAAAUGUCAUAUAUGGUCUCCAGCAAACUGUGUCUAGUAUAUGUUGCCAUGUAUAUUGUCAUCAAGUUAGAUGCAAAUCAGUGUGACCUGACAACUCUAUCUUUAAACAUGAGCAAAAUAGGCUUUUUUUAAAAAAAAGAUUAUCUGAAGUGUUUUUUGCUGACUAUGAACAUACAAGAUACUGUCCACUCCACAAUGAUCUGCCAUUGGUGCUAAGUGUCUCUAAUAACCUCUUUACUCACCUUUCUGUCCCUACUACACAUGUCUCAUUUUAGAAUAAUUCAGAAGUUUAAACAGAUAAGUACCAACUUGCAAAGCAUUCUCUGCCUUUUUCCCUGAUAUGA